CCGGUUGUUUUGUUAUUUCGGCUUUAGUAUUUGUGUUUGAAUCAAGUACAACGUUGUCACGAUUGUCACAGAUGACGCCCGUGUGAAGAUGAUCUUGAAUUUUUGCGUUAUUUAUUGGAGUCUUGUUGCGGUUGUCUGGACUGAACCAGGAUGUGGGUCACCUCCGCAAAGCCCUGGGACACAAAGGGAGGAUCCUGGGAGACUGACAUUCCCACCUGGGCAUACGAUUCGAUACCGAUGCAGGGAAGGUUUCCACACGACAUCGUACAGUGGGUCCAUGACUGAAUGCAAGGACGGAACUUGGACACCGGUGACCUUGCAGUGUACAGAGCUAACAUGCGGCGCCUUGAAUCCUCCGUCUAAUGGUAGGCGUUUAGAUGAUAACUACAAUAUCGGAUCCUUUGCAAUGUUUGCUUGCAACCCCGGUUACGACCUUCAAGGACCGAGCAGGCUAUUGUGCAGGGUUGACGGCGAAUGGAAUCCGCGGGAACCCCCUCGGUGUACUCCUGUAAAAUGUCCAGACGCCUCCUACAUUGAAAAUGGCAGAUCAUUCCAGGAAAACUGGCAGAGGCCUGAGAACACAUACCAGAGUGUUAUUAGAUAUAGCUGCGACGAAAGAACCGGUUACUCUAUUGACGGGGACGCCAGAAGGGUAUGCCAGGCUGACGGUACAUGGAGUGGACGUAUGCCACAGUGUACAACACCGCGAUGUCCCAACAUAACUUUGGAUAACGGAACAGUGACUUACUUCGGAGAUAGGGAAGUAUAUACAUUGGCAUUUUUUACCUGCAGCGAAAAUUUUGACUUAAGUUCUGUAGCAAAUACAGAAUGUGAAAAGAACAAGCAAUGGGUAGAAAUACCGAAGUGUAUACCUCGUUUGAAUAAAUGGGUACCUGCCAAUGGAUUCACAAACAACACAGCUUUGGUCAAGAAUGGAGAAACCUAUAACGUAUACUGCGAUAACGGGUUCUUGCUGGCGAGCACUACGACGGAUAAAUUCUUGGUUGGUGUUACAACACUGAGAAUCAAGAAUGAGUUGGGGAACUUUAAAUUGAUUUCUUACCCCUACACAGACUACACCACUAUGGAAUGCAGGGAUGUUCGGGCAAAGCAGUGGCAACCAGUAAAUGGACGUGUAGAUAUUAAAAAGAAUCUACUGUUUCAUAAUGAAACAUAUAAUGCGAUAUGUGAUGAUGGAUUCUUGUUUGUUAAUACUUGGACCGAUACAUUCCUGGCUCGUGGUGUCAGUUCACUGGGUGUCUUGAAUGACAGGGGGAAUCUUACAGUAAUUUAUUACCCCAAUCUAGCUUACACCUCUCUUGAAUGCAAGGACGCUCGUUUGAAUCAAUGGGUACCUGCCAAUGGAUUCACAAACAACACAGCUUUGGUCAAGAAUGGAGAAACCUAUAACGUAUACUGCGAUAACGGGUUCUUGCUGGCGAGCACUACGACGGAUAAAAUCUUGGUUGGUGUUACAACACUGAGAAUCAAGAAUGAGUUGGGGAACUUUAAAUUGAUUUCUCACCCCUACACAGACUACACCACUAUGGAAUGCAGGGAUGUUCGGGCAAAGCAGUGGCAACCAAUAAAUGGACGUGUAGAUAUUAAAAAGAAUCCACUGUUUCAUACUGAAACAUAUAAUGCGAUAUGUGAUGACGGAUUCUUGUUUGUUAAUACUUGGAACGAUACAUUCCUGGCUCGUGGUGUCAGUUCACUGGGGGUCUUGAAUGACAGGGGGAAUCUUACAGUGAUUUCUUACCCCAAUCUAGCUUACACCUCUCUUGAAUGCAAGGACGCUCGUUUGAAUCAAUGGGUACCUGCCAAUGGAUUCACAAACAACACAUCUUUGGUCAAGAAUGGAGAAACCUAUAACGUAUACUGCGAUAACGGGUUCUUGCUGGCGAGCACUACGACGGAUAAAAUCUUGGUUGGUGUUACAACACUGAGAAUCAAGAAUGAGUUGGGGAACUUUAAAUUGAUUUCUCACCCCUACACAGACUACACCACUAUGGAAUGCAGGGAUGUUCGGGCAAAGCAGUGGCAACCAGUAAAUGGACGUGUAGAUAUUAAAAAGAAUCUACUGUUUCAUAAUGAAACAUAUAAUGCGAUAUGUGAUGACGGAUUCUUGUUUGUUAAUACUUGGACCGAUACAUUCCUGGCUCGUGGUAUCAGUUCACUUGGUGUCUUGAAUGACAGGGGGAAUCUUACAGUGAUUUCUUACCCCAAUCUAGCUUACACCUCUCUUGAAUGCAAGGACGCUCGUUUGAAUCAAUGGGUACCUGCCAAUGGAUUCACAAACAACACAUCUUUGGUCAAGAAUGGAGAAACCUAUAACGUAUACUGCGAUAACGGGUUCUUGCUGGCGAGCACUACGACGGAUAAAAUCUUGGUUGGUGAUACAACACUGAGAAUCAAGAAUGAGUUGGGGAACUUUAAAUUGAUUUCUCACCCCUACACAGACUACACCACUAUGGAAUGCAGGGAUGUUCGGGCAAAGCAGUGGCAACCAGUAAAUGGACGUGUAGAUAUUAAAAAGAAUCUACUGUUUCAUAAUGAAACAUAUAAUGCGAUAUGUGAUGACGGAUUCUUGUUUGUUAAUACUUGGACCGAUACAUUCCUGGCUCGUGGUGUCAGUUCACUUGGUGUCUUGAAUGACAGGGGGAAUCUUACAGUGAUUUCUUACCCCAAUCUAGCUUACACCUCUCUUGAAUGCAAGGACGUUCGGACCAAACCUUGGUUUCCAAUCAAUGGGUACGUUAAUACAACGGCUAAUCUGGUGCAUCAUGGUCAAACUUACAACGCAAUCUGUGACGACGGCUUCUUUUUCUUCAAUAAUAAAAGAAACAGAUUCUUGGACAUGACUCAAGUUGGUUCGUCACUGAGAGUCGAUAAUGAACUGGGUGUACUUAACGUUAAAGUAGCUUCAAACCGAUACAUCCUGAUCAAUGAUUUAGCGUGCAAAGAUGCCCGUUGUAAAGCACCCACGGUUGAAAACGGUAAAUUGGUUUAUCAGGCACAUUUUAAUUCACGGGAAUCAGACUUUAAAGAAAACUACACGAAACAUGGAUCCAAGGUUUUUAUAAAAUGCAACGAUGGAUAUGAGCUGCUCAAUGAGACGAGCGGACUAUUGCUAAAAUCCAAUAAAAUCAGUAUAGCAUGCAGGACGGGAAAGAUUUUUCCCGACACUAUUCCAAGAUGUAUAAUUCCUCGUUUGACGCCAUGGGCACCUGCCAAUGGAUUUACAAACUCCAAAACAUUGGUCGAGAAUGGAGAAAGAUAUAACGCAAACUGUGAAAACGGGUUCUUAUUUGCGAACAAAUUGACGGAUGCGUUCUUGGAUGGUGCUGUCGAAUCACUGCAAGUCAAGAAUGAGCUGGGGAAGUUUAAAUUGAUUGCUUACCACAACAUAGAAUACACCACUCUGGAAUGCAGGGAUGCUCGUUUGAUACCAUGGCCACCUGUCAAUGGAUUUACAAACACCAAUACAUUGGUCAAGAACGGAGAAAGAUAUAACGCAAACUGUGAUAACGGGUUCUUAUUUGCGAACAAAUUGACGGAUGCAUUCUUGGAUGGUGCUGUCGAAUCACUGCAAGUCAAGAAUGAGCUGGGGAAGUUUACAUUGAUUGCUUACCACAACAUAGAAUACACCACUCUGGAAUGCAGGGAUGCUCGUUUGACGCCAUGGCCACCUGUCAAUGGAUUUACAAACACCAAUACUUUGGUCAAGAACGGAGAAAGAUAUAACGCAAACUGUGAUAAAGGGUUCUUAUUUGCGAACAAAUUGACGGAUGCAUUUUUGGAUGGUGCUGUCGAAUCACUGCAAGUCAAGAAUGAGCUGGGGAAGUUUAAAUUGAUUGCUUACCACAACAUAGAAUACACAACUCUGGAAUGCAGGGAUGCUCGUCUGAACCCAUGGGCACCUGCCAAUGGAUUUACAUCACACGACGCUUUAGUCAAGAAUGGAGAAAGCUAUUCUCUUCGCUGUAAUAAAGGCUUUGUGCUGUAUGAUGUUUCGCGACCAGAUAUCUUGGUGAAAUCUGUAUUUGAUGUGGAAGUCAAAAAUAUAUUAGGUCAUUUGGUGUACAACAACACAGACCCAGUGAAGAAUUUGAAGUGUGAAUACGACGGCCCAUCAUUUAGUGUUGAGUUGGUUGAUGGAAACAAUAAACAUUCUGGACGUGUUGAACUAAUUAUUGGGAACCUUCGCGGUACGGUAUGUGAUAAUGAAUGGGACGACAACGAUGCAGCAGUCAUUUGCAGAAUGCUUGGAUAUGGUGGAGGGAAAGCGCUGAUCGAAGCCUACUUUGGUCAAGGCAGUUCGAGUAUCCUGUUGGAUGACGUUCAAUGUGACGGUAAAGAAACAUCUUUCAUGUCGUGCCGCCAUUCCGGAGUUGGCGUUCAUAAUUGUACGCACAAUGAGGAUGCAGGAGUUAUAUGUAGCCCUAUAUGUGGUAUGCGGCCAGGUUUCCAUGAACAAAUCUCAACAACGACAUUGUCAUACAUAGACUUAAAAAUAGUUGAAGGCCAACCUCAAUCUAAAGGACAAUACCCCUGGCAAGUGUAUGUGGAAACACAAGUCGGUAACAAAAAGUGGCGUUGUGGAGGGACCAUUAUUGAUCAACGUUGGAUUCUCAGCGCAGCACACUGCUUUAAAAAUAUGAAAAUUAGUGUUGUAAUUGUGCGCAUCGGAGCUCACGAUUUAAAUCAAAUGGAUGACCAUGAGCAGAUUGAACUGGGACCAGAUCAGGUCAUACUGCAUCCAUCAUACAAUUCAACCACUUAUGAUUAUGACCUGGCGCUGUUGGUGCUGAAGAAUGAACAGAUCAUCACAGUCAAUGAUACAGUGCAGCCAGCUUGUCUGCCGGAUGAAAGAACGGCUUACGAUCUAGGGCUCAGGUGCCACGUCUCUGGCUGGGGAACAACAGCAUUUAAUAAAGGCGAAUCGAGUGUGCUUUUAGGAGGCGAGGUAAAACUCAUUAACGAUUCUAUUUGCACAAAUGCUUACCAGAACAAAUAUAACAUUACAUCAAACAUGGUGUGCGCAGCUGAUUUUGAUCAUGGUGUGGACACCUGUCAAGGGGACUCUGGUGGACCACUUGUUUGCGACAUCGGAGGCAUUUUCUAUGUUUUGGGGGCAACAUCAUUUGGAUAUAAAUGUGCGGAACCAGGAUAUCCGGGUGUCUAUGCUAGAAUAAGUGCUAUGUUGCCUUGGAUUGAAACGAUGCAAAGAUGUAUGUCACAUGACUAUAUUUGUAACGGUGUGAAAGACUGUCCCGGCAAUGAAGAUGAGAAAGGAUGUGGACGCUGUACGUUGACGAAAUCAACUGACAUCACGUAUUGGAAUUUAUCGCAUAACACGGAGUUGUCUACACCUCAAACGGUGAUAAACCGAUCACGUGUUCGUGUGCGUUUGACCUGUCCACAAAUGAUUGGUGAAUAUAUAGACUACUAUCAUGGCGAUGAAGCUGACGACAGAAACGAGAAGGAAGCUGAAAUUGAAUGUGUUGAUGGUGAAUUCACAAUGCAUUAUCUCACAUGUGAGACAGCUGAAACGGAUGGCCAAUCUUCGUCUUACUCCACCAAUGAUCCGUGCAAGACAAUUGCUAAUGGGAAGAUAACAGACCGCGGAAAGUCCGUGGAAUGUGAAACCAACCACCAUCUGGCGUUCAGCAAUGGAAUGGACACCAGUUUGUACACGAGAUACUCGUGCAAGUGUGACACAACAUUUGGUAUCUUCAGUUGUUUGGGUUCCAGAGUGGCGUGCAAACCAAAUAAUUGCACAAUGCCUUCAAACUUAGAACAAGGGUUAACAUUGUAUGAUGUCAAGGAACGGCAGUUCAUCUCCGGAGCCAACCGUUAUGAAAUCCCGCAUGGCGGAGAGAUGAUUUUCAAUUGUGCACCAUCUGGAGACAAAUACUACGAACCAAGUAAUCGAACGUUCAACUGUUAUCAAGGCUCGUGGGUUGCACAACACCUGUCCGGCAAGGAACCAUGGAGUUUUGACAAUAACGUAACCUUUCCUGCAUGUCGACCGGUCAACUGCUCUGUGAAUCACUGCAAGUUUGGCGGUCACUGCAUUCAAGAUUUCAAGUGCCAAUGUCCACAACACACUACAGCCAUUUGCAGUAAAGGAUGUAAGAACGGGGGGAACUGCACAGCACCUGACACUUGCGCGUGCAAGGAUGGAUUCAGCGGACGUAGCUGCGAAUUUGCUGGUUGUUCUAAACCUGAAGGCAAUUUAGUCAAUCUGAAGGAGCAGUUCUAUGGCGACGGUGAGACAAUCAUGAUAACAGAAAGAAACUGUGAAAACGGAUACCUGCCGAGUUCCGGUGACAUAACACUUAACUGUAAAAAUGGACAGUGGUCGGAUAAAGUUAGCUGUGUGACAGCUAACACCUACCUCAUGCGCAUUGUCACUUCUAAUCAAUGGUUGGCUGGAACAGACGGCAACGUGAUGAUAAAACUGACAGGGUCUAAAGGACAUACUGGACGAAUACAGCUUCAAGGUCCAUUCGGGGCAAAUGAAGUGAAGGCGUUUAACAAGACGCUAAUAGAUGUUGGCACUAUACAUACUAUAGAGCUUGGUGUCUAUCGUGUUCAAUGGUUAGACGGUUGGAAACCAAAACACGUUGGUAUUCAAGAUAUCAACAGAGAACAUUUCUACUAUUUCCCACAUGACGAAUCUGAAGUGGACGACAAACUAACAACACUGCAGAGAAAAUCAUGUCCAAGUACUUUCAACAAGACGGCAGCGUACGUUGACAAAACUAGCAUUCCUAACGAGAGACGUUAUAUAAACUUCGAUUUUCGUACAUCAAGCGACUUUGAGUGCCUUUUGAAAUGCAUUGAACGCGAAUGUUUGAUUGCAGAAUACAUGAAAAGACCAUCAUUUUGUGCUUCGAUUUUUCGAAAGGAUGUUAAAAUUACUUCGUUUAAUGGGAACAGCACGUUUGUAUACAAACGCAAUUGCGUUUAAAUGCCAAUUCAUUGCGAUGUUGUCUGUCGCUCCAAAUAAUUAAUAUCCCCAACAUGGCCAUCUUCAUCUGAUCAACACGAACAUAAUUCCAUCAAAGCUACUUGACUAUGAAAAGUAAUUUCGUUGAAAUUUAUGAACAUUUUGUACAUAAAUAAUUAAGCAGUACUUAAAAGGACACACUUUUAUGAAGAUUUCUGCCAGUCGGACAUGUUAAAUGUUAUUGGGGAAAAUAUUGAACACACUAAUACUUAUUUUGAAUCAGACGCUUGAGACGUUCAAUUAACAUGUUAUCCGUUUUUGCCAAUGUACAAAUUUUCCUUUUUAAAAUGGCUAUUGCCAUUUAUAAACCUGGGAUGCAAAUAAAUAUGUCACAUUAGCGACAACUUUUGCAUGAUUUUUGUAACAUAGCUCUAACAUAUAUAUAUACAUUUGAUGUAUUCUAAGACGCAGUAAUGGUUCAGUAGUUGGUUUGACUCGCAUAGAUGUGAAGCAUUUCAGAAGUUUUAAUACUUGCUUGAAUCGGGCGGACACUAUUUGUUUACUUAAAACACAACUCUACUGAAGAUAAACUUGAAGAUGUUGUUAUCAUAAGUUCCAUAUUCAUUGAUUAAAAAUGUCAAAUAAUGAUUGUAGUAUUGAAAAUUUAAAGAUUAAUUAUUUUGCUUGAUUAACUGGUGAUAGGUGAUUUAUUAUUGUUUUAUAACAUGAAAACCAUAAUGAGUAAUAAUAGAAACAAUGAAGUGGUUGUUUACACUAUUAUGCGACAAUUAUUUAAAGAAACACAAUAAUUUCAUGUAUGCUUGUGACUGAUAUGUAUCUUGUAUUGUUGACCGGAGGCCUUUUUUGGCGAAAUAAUAUGUUUUGUGGUGUCUUGUCUAUUUUGGAAUUGUGGUGGGAUUCUUAAAUAAACCAUGUAAAG